AUGGCAUUUAGUAGUACAAGUGGUUUAGAUGUUACGGAAGCUUUUAAGAAUUCUGAAUUAGAAGAUGAAUUAGAUAGUGAUUCUACUUAUGACUUUGACAACGAAUCGGAUAGUGAAGACGAGGAACAGGAUACAGAAGGAUCUGCCGAAGAGCGAAGAUGGAGAAUAGAAUGGUUUGAGCCAAAAAAAAAUUAUAUUGGAUUCAAAUGA